UGUACAAAAAAAAUGGCAGAGUCGGAGAACGAGGUGGAGGUUUUGGUCCAGAGAGUUGUAAAAGAUAUCAACAACGCCUUCAAGAGAAACCCCAAUAUUGAUGAGAUAGGUCUGAUCCCGUGUCCAGAGGUCAGGUAUAACCGCAGCCCCAUCGUGCUGGUAGAGAACAAGCUGGGGGUGGAGAGCUGGUGUGUCAAAUACCUGCUACCCUACGUCCACAACAAGCUACUGCUCUACAGGCAGCGCAAACAGUGGCUGGACAGGGAAGCUCUGGUAGACAUCACCUGCACUCUGCUGCUGCUCAACCCAGACUUCACCACUGCUUGGAAUGUCAGGAAGGAACUGCUACAAUGUGGAGCCCUGAGUCCAGAGAGAGACCUGUACCUGGGAAAACUGGCCCUCACCAAGUUCCCCAAGAGCCCUGAGACAUGGAUACACAGGCGCUGGAUACUACAGCAGGUGUUACGGGAGUGCUCUUCCCCCGGGCCGGACAGGAAGGAGCAGGGGGACGGUGAUCGGCGUGACGCAGCAGAGAAGACACGUCUGAGUGAGCACCUCCACAGGGUCCUACAUGAAGAGAUGAAGGUGUGUGCCGACGCCGCCGGCCGUUACCCUAGCAACUACAAUGCCUGGUCGCACCGUAUCUGGGUUCUGCAGAACAUGGCCCCGGGCAACCUCAAGGUCCUCCAUGAUGAGCUCUCCUCUAUGCGUCAGUGGGUCUCCAUGCACGUGUCGGACCACAGUGGCUUCCACUACCGCCAGUUCCUGCUCAAGGCCCUGGUCAGGGAGCUCAGCCAGUCCCUGUCCUCCUCUCCCCAGCACUACCAUCCUCAGCCCAGCUCUAACCCUAGCCACAGCCCCCACAAAGCCAACCCCCACCACCAGGCCAACGGAGAGGCCACAGCAGCAGCCCCCUGCCCCUCUCCCCCCUCCCCAGAGGACCUGGCCUCGGUGCCGGCAUUGCCCCAGCUCUUCCACCAGGAGGUGGAACUAUGUACUGACCUCAUCAAGUCCUUCCCCGGACACGAGACACUCUGGUGUCACAGGCGACACGUCUUCUACCUCUGGCACCAAUGGAGGAGGGACCACCACUACGGCCAGGGCUUUGGCAGCGAGUCUCCCCAACCGAACCACACCGAUGCUGGGCUGAGCAGCCACCCUCACACGGCCUGCCCUGGAGGUGUGUGUCUAGACAGGGUGCAGCGCAGGAAUGGACAGGCUCAGGAGGGUCAGGAUGCCAUGGAAGUGGACGGGGUUGGAGUCCCGGACCCCCGUGACACCAAGCGCCUGAAGAGGGGUCCCCCUGGCCCCUGCCCCCCUGCUCUGCCUUCAGAGCACAGCUUCGUAGCCAGUGUCCUGGACAGCUGCCGCUCCCCUGAGCAGGGACGCUUCGCCCUCGCAUACAGGAAGUGGCUGGACUCUGUUAUUGGUCAGUGAGAUAUAUAGACUAACUCUGUCAUUGGUCAGUGAGAGGAUACACUUCCUUUUCCACCGGAGAUGGGCAGCGGUUAGAAGUUGCCUACCUGCACAGAUCUAGCAUCCUCUUACCCAACCCCUAACCUUCUAACCUUAACCAUUAGGGACGAGAACUGCUAAGAACUGUCCCUAGAUCAGCGUCUAGUGGCUGGUCAAUUUAUCCUAUUCUUCAAUACUUGUGAAGGGGGCUUGGGGUCUCUGUUAGGUCAAGUAAUUUGUGGCCCCUCCCACCCUCCUGAGAAUGCCUGGACUCGGAUUCAUCCGCAGAGCUUUGUCUGAGAAUGGAAAUCUGAGAAGGGCUCUGCUCUGGAAGAGUACAGUAUGCUUGGCCUGUUUGUCUGUUAGUAGUCUUAGUUCAGGUCUCUCUCAAUGUUAGGGACUAGAACAACCAUUCUGUCAGUCCUUUUAGUUGUUUCACUUAUGAGAUCCAUGUCUCCGUUUCAUUCAUCAUGUCACUGUUUCAUUCCUUUUGUCUCCCACUAACUGUAGAAGAAUAGUCUAUGUGAAGCUGCCAUGGUUAUCCGUUAUCCAUCACUAAUCUUGUCGUUUUCUAGUCAGUUCUGCUGACUACUUUGAGAUGAGCAGUGCAGCAAAUAAUGAAUUUGUCAACAUACAAAAACAAAGAAGGAAAAACUAGUCAAGCCAUUACUGGUGUUUCGCUACGGACAACCGUACAACUAUAAAACUCUUAAGACAGAGCACAACCGUGAACCAACCAAACUCUUAAGACCCUAUGAUCUGUGAACCGUACAAGUUUGACAUCUUGGUGCAAGUUUGACAUCUUGGUGCAAGUUUGACAUCUUGGUGCAAGUUUGACAUCUUGGUGCAAGAUUGACAUCUUGGUGUCGUCAUAAUAAACCUUAGUGUGCUCUAAAAUAUGGACUGUGACUAGAUUCUCAAAUACAAUUUUCACAUGAAUUUAUUCAACAUAAACUACCUGUUUUUUAUAUAUUUUUUGGUUCAUGUUAUUAAGACGUGUUUGGAACAAUAUACUCUACUAGUACAUAACAUUUCCAGAGUGGGCUCUGCUAAUUUUGAAGGUAUGAUCAACGUUAUUAUCACCACCAGCACAUUGAAUGGGAAAUGGAUUCAAAGGAAAUGCCAUCUGCUGGUGACUUGCUGAAUGUGCAAUCCUAAAGAAGGGCUGUGAUAGGUCAUGAACCAAUGUCAAUUUCUAUGUGUAAAAUAGGUCAUAUCAUUAAAAGUAACAGAGAUCCAACUCUGGAAAUGUGAUGUUUGAAGAGUAUAUUGUUACAGUUUUUAUUGUUGAAAAAUCAAUAAGGGUAGUUGAGAUUAAUAUUUUUUUAUGUUGAAUAAAUGAAUGUGAAAAUGUGCGUUUCAGAAUACUCCAUAUUUGAGAGAACAAAGGACUAUAACGACACCAAGAUGUUUUCUGUAUCGUGUACGGUUCACAGAUCAUCGGUUCUUACAAGAGGCAUGUAUAGGUCUGAAAAGGGCCUCAUUAAAUUGAACAUUUCAUCUGGAUAAAAAAAAAAAAAAUGUUUGAUACAAAUGUAAAAAAGCAUGUUAAUAAACAUCCUUCCUCUCAGUGGAGUUCCUAUGUGAGACCAAUCUGAGAUACCAAAAAAAAAACAUUUUCCACUCCUCCUGUGGAAUUGCCCUUAUAGGUUUGAUCUUCACACUGAUGUGUGUCCCAAAUGGCUCCCUAUUCCCUUCUUAGUGCACUAAUCCCCUAGGGCUCUGGUUAAAAGUAGUGCACUAUAUAGAGAAUAGGGUGUCAUUUGGGAGGUACCCAUUGACUCUCCAGGAGUGGGUUGCUGCUUUGUUUCUGUCUGUUCUGUUUCACCCUGUUAGUGUUACUUACUCUUAGUGAUCAAAUCAAACUUUAUCAGUCACAUGCGCCGAAUACAACAGGUUUAGACCUUACUGUGAAAUGCUUACUUACAAGCCCUUAACCAACAGUGCAGUUCAAGAAAGAGUUAAGAAAAUAUUUACCAAAUAAACUAAAGUAAAAAAUAAUAAAAGUAACACAAUAAAAUAACAAUAACGAGGCUAUAUACAGGGUACAGAGUCAAUGAUACCUGGGAUUGUAUUCACCAAGUGUUAUAUUACGAGUCCUUAUAUAGGAUCAGUUUUUCCCUUUUUAGAUCAUAAGGAGUUCUAUUACAUGGUCAGCCCAGCCAGUCAAUCUCCCUCUAGACAAUAUUUCCCAAUGCCACUAGCCUAGCAUUGGUUAGGGUACAGCGGGGUAAGAGCUAAGUCUCGCUGUGUGACUAUCCGACUUCUGAAACAUGUUGCAGUUUUAUUUUUUGUGGUCUCCACCGUGUCACGCAUAUAUGAACGUGACGAGACUGACAGCUUCUCUGAUCCAGGGCAAAUUAAUUUAUCAUGAUCAUUUAAAAUGAAUAUAUCCAAAGAUAUGCCAGUAGAAACAAAGUUGAAACCAAUGAAAGUGCACAUAGUUUAUCAUUUCAGCUGCUUGCUGUGACUGUGUGUUAGCUUUCGUUGGCUAACAAAGGAGAAGUAACGUUAGCCUAGCUAUCCCAUUAGGAGAAGUAACGUUAGCCUAGCUAUCCCAUAAGGAGAUGUAACGUUAGCCUAGCUAUCCCAUAAGGAGAUGUAACGUUAGCCUAGCUAUCCCAUAAGGAGAAGUAACGUUAGCCUAGCUAUCCCAUAAAUAUCUUACUGACUCGACAAUCAGCUGGUUGUUGCCUAUUUAUAAAAUAUUUAUUAAAUCAUUAUUUAUUGAA